AUGUCGGAUGAAGAAAUCGAACUUUUAGAUCGGUAUAUACUUACACCGGAUAAGGAACAAUUCUUUUCUUCGGUAACCCAUGGCUCAGACACCUUUAAAAACUUACAGUUGCUCUACCAUGUCAAUCGAGAUGGUCUCAAGCUGCCAACUGAAUCAAAGAAUGCUCUGGAAAGGAUGAUGAAUGACUCGUCUGGAUCCAAACCACAUGCUUGUUUUGUGUACGAACUUCUCCUCCUCGAGAAUGAAACCAAUACUGCUAAACGUGCGACGUUGUUGAGUCAUUUUAACAAAAAAUAUUUGAAAAAGACGUUUUCCAUCCCAGGACCAUCCGUUAUGGACCAAAGCACAGCGUGGUUGGCCAAGAUGGAGCUUUCGUGCCCCUCUGAGCUGAUAUGCGAUCGUUAUAGUUUUGAAGAAUGCGAAAAAAGUUUGUCUACGCAUCAAGGCAGAUAUGUGAAGGAUAUUAAGCAGCAGUACUACUACCGUCUGGAUCUGAAGAAGCUUCUAGUGGUGGUAGAGAGGGAUUUGAGCGAUUUUCAAUGGGUGCUGGAUUGUUUGCCCAGCUUCACCCACGUCCCCUCCAUCGGCAGUGUCCUGCUUGGAUACGAGGCCAAGGCCAAGAAACUUCACAAGUCCGAUAGUUAUUACCUCAACCUCACCGAGCCGACCUACCAAAAGAUGACGUUGAAUCAAAUGGAGGAGGUUCAGCAAGCGCUUCCCCGCGUGAUUCACGACCGGUAUUUUGUCGCCACCAAAUUCCGCAAAGUCUUCGAGCGCGAGCUCUUUGACCUCCAGGGCGAACGCAAUAUCGCCCUGUCGGAUGAUCUCGAGCGGUACUGUCAGACAUUGCGAAAGAUGUACGAUUGGGUUCGCGAGCUCCCCCAGACCCCGCCCUAUCGUUCGUUUGCCGCGCAGGUCCUUCGCACGAUGAUGGAGCUUGAUUUAAAGCGCAAUGUGGUGGAUGAAGGCCUCUUCCGGGAAUAUUUGUCGAAGCCGCUCCGAUUGGACCGGGCGGUCUACGGCGCGCGGGAGGCGGCCGGGGGGGCGUCGGAGGUCCCCCUGAAAGAUCAGAAGGACCCCGGCGAAGAUGUCUUUUGGUUUGACGUCCACCACCUCCACUUCCGCCGCUGGAAGGCGGAGCGGGACUUCCUCACGCGGGCCCUGACCGUCUUGUUCACGCGGGGGGUCGAGUACGGCCCGUUUGCCGCCUUUGUGGACCCGACGUUCCUGCAAACGCACUAUUACAAAACACAAUUGCUGGCGGGGCGGCCGGUGCAGAACGCGGCGGGGCUUCUCGGCGAGGCCGCGCUCGCGGCGCUGCGCGAGGAGAAGCAUCUUCGCUUCGCGGCGUGGAAUAAGCAGCGGUUUCACCCAGACGAGCCCAUCAAUCUCCAUUUGGAGGUCAAGAACAUCGGCAUCGUGUCCGUGAACAUCUUUGAAAUCGACGCCGAGAACUACUACCGCAAAAAUCUGAAGGAGAUCAGCGAAUAUAUUGAUUUAACGGGACUUAUCCCGAAUAAAAGCUUCGAUCGCGUCUUGACGGCCGACCCGCUGAGGCUGCAGACGAUUCUUUUCGAAAAUCUUUUCGUGGCGACGCGCGGGGUGUACGUGGUGGAUUUUGUCGGGGACGGCCUCAGCAGCCGCGCGCUCAUCCGCGUGGGGGCCCUCACCGUCGUCCGGCAGCUUCUCAGCAAAGGCGUUUUACUCCACAUCGUGGAUGAGCAAAAAAACAUCUGCCGGGGCGGCGCCACCGCCAUUAUUGUGGAUAAUCGCGCGUUGAAGCCCGCGGAGAUAUUACAUGGCGGGAUUCUCGUUCCCUUUGGCGAGCACCCGGUGGACAAGACGAUGGUGCUUCUGCACGACGGCUUCGCCGAGCUCCAUCCGCUUCACAUCCCUGGCGAGGAGGUGGUGUUGACCUGUUCUUUUUUGCUGAAUGAGGAGGACAUCAAGCGAAAAGGGCCGAUGGAGUUGGUUUUGAUGCCGAAGGUGACGGUGAACGGGGAGAAAGUCGGGCUCGUGAGUCUGAAAAACGUCAACUUGACGAUCACCUCCACGAGCACGUCCGGGGUGAACAGCCGAACCACCUACGAGGAGGUGACGGUUGACAAAAACGGCAAAGGUGUUGUUUUGGAGUACUGCGUGAAAUCGAAGACGGAAAGUCUGACGAUGGAGUUGAAAGCCAAGUUUUUUUCCACGUCGAAGGGGAAGCAUAUCGACCUCUCAUGCGAGGAACGAGUUGGGGUGAACCGGUUUAUCGGGCAGAACCUCUUUCACGACCUGUAUCUCUCGCCGUGCGGGGAGAAGGACCUGAAGGUGCACCUUCUCGGCAAAAACGGCGAGCCGUGCGCGCACAAGCGGCUGAAAAUCGAUCUCCAGUCGAUGUAUCUCACGGAGAAGGUCCAACCGUCGGAGAUUCUUGAGACCAACGACGCGGGCGAGGUCCUUUUGACCAACGCCAUCCCCCACAUCGGGGGCCUUCGGGCGGAGACGCUCGACGCCCCGUACGGCGUGGGGCGAACGAUGGAGUGCCGUUUAACGAAUGUGGACCGCCUGACGUCCCUCCGCCGGGCCUACCAUAUUCUGAAAAAGGAUCAAUUGAGCUUUCCCGCCGCCUCCCUGCCUUUUAUCGUGAGCGACUACGAACUGGUUAAGGUCUCCCGCGAGGACACCUCCUGCGUGAUUGCGGAUUGCUCGGCGCGGUUGACGUACGCGGCGGGGAUGGUCGCGCUGGGGGACCUCGCGGAGGGCGUUUAUCGCUUUUCCUACCGAACCGACGGCCUGUCCAUCCUCAUCACCGUCCACGCCGGGAAGCGCUGGGCCGCCUCGACGCGGGACUUCGUCGAGGAGGAAAAGCGCCUGGUCAAACUGUCCGAUCCCGGCCCAUGUUUAUCCUACGCGGACGUCAAACUCCAGGACGGCGUGGUGGACUUCCAGGUGGUGAGUUCGGACCUGAAUUCGGUGGAGGUGCACGCCCUUGCCUUUGUGUAUUUCCCCCGCAGCCUUCCCGUCAUGCGCGAGGCCCUGGCGAGGCUGCGGGCGCACGAGGGCUCCGACGUUUAUGAACUUCGCGAUCAUACGUGUGUGUAUAUGUCCGACAAGAAACUCUCCGACGAGUUCAAGUACGUCUUGGAGCGGAAGCGGAAGCGCCAUAUCGUCUGCAGCACCCUCGAGAAGCCGCCGGGCCUCCUCCAUCGACAUUUCGUGCGCGAGACCCACGAGGUCGACGAGGUUCUGCGCGGCGAGGAGGACUACACGGAGGUCUCCAAAACCCGCAACGCCGCCCCCUACGCCGCGCGGAAGACCCUCGGCGGCCCGGCCAACGGCCCUCUCGGGGCGGAGCCGCCGGCCCCGGGGGAGGCCGGGCGACUCCCGGCCGGCCCGUACGCGGUGGAUUAUUUGAGCGGCUUUCUCCCCGCGGCGGGGUGGGCGCGCUUCGACAUCGCGCCGGACGGGGAGGGCCGCGUGCGGUUCGCCGUCCCGCCGGACCAGGGCUACUCCACGCUGGUCAUCGUCGUGAAGGACCAAAAGAGCGGGUUCAUCGACUGGCGCCCGCUGCCCCCGGGGCAGGCCCCCGCCUUCCGGGACAAACGCCUCGCCAAAUCGAAGGAGAACGGCGUCGCCUACGUGCAGGCGCGCCGGGCCUACUGCCUGGCAAAAGGCGGCGCGGUCGAGAUCGGCGACUCCGACGCGACCGAUUUCAACGUGAUCGACAGCCUGGCCGCGCUGUUUAACCACCUCCGCCUGAUCAACCCCGACCCGGCGAUGGCGGAGUGGGAAUUCCUGACCAAGUGGCAGGACUUGGGCCCCCGCGCGCAGCUCGAGAAGUACGAUAAAUACGCCUGCCACGAGCUGAACAUCUUUGUCUAUUUCAAAGACCCGGAGUUCUUCCACGCCGUCGUGCGGCCGCACCUCCGCAGUAAAUCCCAAAAGCACCUCAUCGACUACUUUCUCCUGGGCGAUGUCGAGGCCCUCGCCCGCUUUCUCUCGCCCACGCGGUUGGACCUUCUGAAUGUGCUGGAGCGGGUGUUGUUGGUGCGGUUUUUCGCGAAGGAGCGGGGGGCCGAGUGCGGGGCUAUCGCCGCGGAUGUGGUCCAUCGCGUGGCGUCCCAGGAGCCGGACCAGAAGCUUUAUGAGCGGCUUUUCGACAUGGUCGUGAUGGGCGGCGUCACGAUCGAGGAGGAGGCGGCGAAAAAGCGCGACUCCGCCCCCUCCAACGAGUCGACCGUCAACCUCAAUGGGGCGAAGACGGAGGUCUCCCAUCGAAACUCGUGCAAUUCGUUGUUGACGCGGAAUAAAUUGUUGGCGCUCAAGCGCCAUUCGUCGCGAUCGUUCUCCGUGAAUUCCGAGACCGGGGGGGCGGUGGUCGCCCCCGAUGCCUACGAGGAGGCGGUGGACCGCCUCGAGGCGGAGUUGGGCCCGCGGAUCAUGAAAUACCGCAAUGUCGGCACCACCAACGAAUACGUUGAAAAGCAGUACCUCGGGGGGGAUCUUUUCGAUGCCGCGCCGAACGCCUUCUGGGCCGAUGUCCUACGCCAUUUUAUCGACCCCGCGGCCGGGGGGGGGUUUCUGUCCGAAAACUUCAUCUACGCGGCGCGCAGCCCGACGGAGAUGUUGUUGGUGCUGGCCUUAAUCGACGUCCCUUUCGCGAAGAGCGGGCACCAACCCAACAGCACUUCUCAGAAGCAGACGCUCACGGUCGCGUGCAAUGCGAUGGUCUUCACCAAGGCCAUCCAGAAAAAAACAAACGUGGAGUCCGGCUUUGAUCUUCUGAUGACCCAAAAGUUUUGCGAUCCGAACGAUUUGUACACGUUCGCCUCGGAUGGGAUGAAAACGCUGAAAAAUGUCGAGGAAUUCAUCGUGGGGAAAUUGUACGAGUCGAAGGUGGUGUUGACGAACGCCUCGGAGCUGAGUUUGCCGCUCUGCGUGGUGCACGAGGUCCCGCAAGGGGCCAUUCCCGUUGCCAGCUCGGACUACACGCAAUAUCUUAACCUCCAUUUGGAGCCCCUUUCUACGCAAAUUCUGAAAUUUCUCUUUUAUUUCCCGAAAACCGGCGAGUUUACUUGCUAUCCCGCCACGGCGAACCGGAACGGACACCUGAUAAGCAAAGCGUCCAUCCGGGACUUCUUUAAGGUGUUUCGUUCCCAGACCGUUGUCAAGAAAGAUACCAUCAGUAAUGUGAUCAGCAACGGCAGCAAGGCGGACAUUUUGUCCUUUAUGGAAAACCAUAAUCUCCACCAGGCCGAUCGCUUUCAGUUUCGCGCCAUUUACUGGCUGUUGAAUAAUAAGCAGUUCUACACCGACGUCAUCGCGCUUUUGCGGCGAAAGCUCGUCUUUGAUGAUAUGGUGUGGAGCUUCUCGAUCAAACACGGCGAUUUCGAGACGUUUGCGGAAUAUUUGCAGCUGUAUCUCACCAAGUACGACUUCGGCUUGGCCGUGACGGAUGCGAUUCAGGGGCCGUUGUAUUAUAUUUCGACGAAGGCUUUGCUGGUGGAUCGCUGUGAGUAUCUGGAGUACUACCCGCUGUUGGUAUCGCGCGUCCACGAAGUCGGGAAGUUUCGCUUUAAUAUUCGAAACCGCGAGCUCAAACAAUGCUACCGGCGCUUUUUGUGGUAUCUCGCGCAAAAAUCCCCCCACUUCACCUCAAAGGACUACAUCUACCUUUGUACGUAUCUUCUCUUCCAGGAGCGUCUGGAGGACUGUCUGUUGGUCUAUCCGAUGAUCGCGAAGGCCCGCGCGGGGACUCCGGGUAAAAAGGACGACGAAGAGCUGCAGCUCCAGUUCGAUUACCUCACCGCCUAUUUAGAUCAAUACAUCGAUUAUCCCCAGUUUCAACGCGCCCGGGAUAUCUGCGUGAAGUACCUGACGUACCCCGUUUUCACCUGGCGAAACCGAUUCAUCAAGUUGUUUAAUCUCAUUUCCGAGGUGGACGGGGACGCGGCGAACCUCCCAACGCAAGGCGACCUCAACGCCGAUGGGGAGCUCAACCGGAUUCAGGCCAACGUCGAUCCCUAUCUCGCCGCGGCCCUCCAUCUCGACGACAACUCCAUCAAAUUAACUUUACGACGGAUCAAGGAAUUCACCGUGAGCUUCUACAAGGUCGAUAUGGAGAUCCUUUUCUCGCGGGAUCCGUUUCUCUCGAUGAGCAACAUGGACUACAGCUACGUCCAGGCGAAUGUCGUCCACACCCAGCCCAUGCCGGAGCCCCUGCAGGCCAUGGCGACCCAAUCCGUUUUGAUCCCGCAGGACUUGCGGGGCAGUAAUUUGAUCAUCCGCGUGCGGUCGGACUCGCAGGUCGUGAACCUGACGUACUUCCCCAAGGCCAUGGCGGUCAUGGUGAAUCGCAAUCACGGCCUGGUGCGGGUCUUGGCGGAGGGAAACUACAAACCCCUCUCGGGGGUGUACGUCAAGGCCUUUGCCAAAAACCACAACAAUCAGGUGUUCUUCUACAAGGACGGCUAUACUGAUCUGCGCGGCUGCUUCGAGUAUGCUUCUGUCCAUACGAAUAAGCUGGAUGAGUUGAAGGAGUUCAGUUUACUCAUCCUCAGCGCCGAGUUUGGCGGUCAAAUCGAGCACGUGGGGCCGCCCUCGACUCUUGCAUCGAUGGACUUCGAUACAACGAAGAUCGUGUCGGGGUCCAUGCAGGCCUUAUAUAGGAAAAAGGUCCAGGAUGCCAGCAGCAAAUAUUGUAUUUAA